AUGCCGUCCUCCUCUUCCUUCGCCGCUCUCCUCCUGAUCCUCGCCGUCGUGCUCGUUUUCACGUCGAGCACCGAAGGCCGCGUCGAAAAGUGCGUCUUCAUGCUCGGAAAGUACUGCCAGACGGUGGCUCCCGCCGCGUGCCGUUCCGUAGACAUCGUCCAGAGCAUCCGUGAGUUUAAAAAACAAAGUGCAAUGAUAACUUUCUCGUUCAGAACCGAUCUCCGACUGCUGCACGUCUCCGUGCUCCGAGGAGGGCAUACUCGCGGCUUGCUGUGCCAAUCUGUGA